GCCCCAGAGAAUAAGACUGCAGUGGGAAGCUGCUAUUCAGCAUCCAGAAAGUGUGUCUUCGACUGUGGUUGCUGCUAAAUCAGCGUAUGUGUCAAACAGACCCACCCUGGACAUGAUAUGUACCUUGCUUGCAGACAAAGACUUGCUGAUCAUCAAAGUAGCAAAGAAAAUACAAGAUUAUAGGUUGCCAAAUUGAGAGAGAGCCAGCAGAGGCAACUGAGCGAUACACUCGAUGGAUCAAUAAUCUAACCUGUGAGCAGCUUCUUACUCAGGUUUUUACUUCCCAUGGACCAACUGUAAUUAUGCCAACUUGGUUCUGUUCCCGAGAAUGGUUUUGUCAUGUGGGCAGAUUUGAUGAAGCGGGAAAGGGCACCCCAGAAGACCUGCUGUUCUUUUAUGAACAUCUCCGAAAAGGUGGUGGAGUCUUUCGAGUCAACCAGCGCCUCCUUCUGUACCGUUACCAUCCACAGGCGGCAACCCAUUCAGUCCUAGAGGGAACCAUCUGGACACACCGUGUCUUGUUUCUGGAAGAGAGAAUCCUCAGUCGGUGGACUUUCUUCACCAUUUGGAAUGCUGGCAAACAGGGAAGGAAGCUCUUUAGGAGCUUGACUCCAGCUAAUCAGAAAAAAGUGGCUGCAUUUUGUGAUGUGGAUACAAAUAAAAUCGCAAAAGGAUUUUAUACUUAUGAAGAAUCUAAGGAAAAUCCCAAGCCCAGAAUCCCUAUCCUACAUUUCAGAGAUGCUUCCCCACCUUUCAUUAUUUGUGUGAAGUUGGAUUUGACAGGUGGACAGUUUGAGGAAAACUUGAAGCUGUUGAAUCUGAAGGAAGCUGUGGAUUAUUAUCAUUUUAACUGAAGAAUGUGGUGCACUGGAAGGCUUUAUGUUGCUAGACAAACCAGAGGAGAUGCUAUCCUGUUUCUGCCCCCACCUCCAAAGGAAUUCCUCAAAACAGGUAUUAGUAAAUUAAAAGGUGAAAUACUACUUGUAUUUCCUUAAAAAAAGGGGGGGACAGCUGAUGGUGGAAUGACAGCAAAGCUUAGUAUACAAUCUAAACUCUGCUGUGAAUGCUGCUCUCGAUCGGAAGGUGUACAGAAGGAGUUUCCCCCAGAGUUGCUAGCAUUUCAAGGAUGUCACUCCUUUGCACUAUUCACACAUUGUAAAGGAAUAGCAGGAUGAGAUCCUGCUGAUCCAUUACAACCUGCACAUUGGGGGAAAUGAGACAAGUCACAACUUUGAUGAUUCCCCACCCUACCCCAGCUAACACAUUGAAAUGUCUAACAUUGUAGGGGACACACACCCAAUUGUUCUUGCAUUGGUUUUUAGAAGGGUGCAUUUACAGUUGACCUAUGUAUCAAGAAGUGGUGAAUACCUGUGCAAUUCCAGCAUGGGCAGGAACAGCUGGAGGCUCCUCUAAGGUAAAGCCUUGCUAUGCUGUGUGAUGCAUGUGGUUUAUAUGCAGGCUUAAAGAGGCUACACAUUAUCCUCAGGCUAGGUAAAAGUCGAACGUGAGAAUUAGAAUAUAAUUUUACAUAAAUGUGAUUGGAAAUGGUCUCCAUUAUAUUUUUCCCCCUAUUGUGAGAUUAACUAGUCAUUUAGGGCACUCCUGUUCCAUAGUAGUGAAGUCCAUUGUGAUAACAAGAACUACUUCUACAUAACCUUGCUGGUUGUUCCUCUGUAUCAAAGGGAGGGGCUCACAUUGGUUCUCCAGUCUAGACAAAUUUAUUUUGCACCAUUUUUGCAUAGCCAAAAAUGGGAGGGGAGGGGAAAAAUAACAUUUCCAAAAACAUUCUUUGGAUGCUGCUCACAGCAGCUUAUUGCCCCUGUAGCUCCAGGUAGGAUAUUUAAAAAACAUCCCCAGGCUUUUCAGACGCAGUUUUAAACCUUCAGACUGUUUCUGGGCUGCUUUUCUGGUAUUUAGCUUUGUUUUUUUGUAAAGUGCCCUAGGAAUAUAACUGAAGGGUGCUAUAUUAUUAUUUGUAAUAUAUAAUAAACUAAAUUAAAACAGUCAGUAUCUGAGCACUGCCAGAGAAUGUUAGUGUAUGGCAGGCUGAGAGUUUUCAUAUCAAAUUGGUGGUGGGACAGGAGAGUCAGCUGUACUUCCUGUUUAUAGAGGUAACAUUUUUCCAGUUGAAAUCACACAAUGAAUUUAGGUUAUGAUCCCAUUGUUUUGGUGCCCUUCACACAUGCCAAGAACAUCAAUAGUCCCUUUCCUGAACAUCAUUGUGCCACUGCUCUGCUAACAUACCAAGUGUACAAACAAACCUUUUUGCUUGGUGUGUGUGUUUCUCUUCUUCCCUAUACAGCAAAGCUGCUAGCUGCCCUUCUAUGCACAGCAACUGGAGUUGUGCAUUGGUUCUUCUUACAAAAACAGUGGUACAUAAUUUCAUUUG